AUGCUGCCAUCGCAGCUCAACCAACAGAACUCGAUUCCGCCGCCGCCAUCUCUCCAAUCGGCCCUGCAGAUGGACCCGAAUCAGCACUUGCAGAUGCAACAACAACAAGCAGGGCAGGCUGGACAACCGGCAGCUGCGCAGGCGACGCCGAGUGGGGGCAAGCGUCGAAAGCGAGCGGAGGGCGGUGACGAUGGGGGGCCUGCGAGCGAGCCGCGGCGGCUUCGACGGUCGCAUGAGGCGUCCGGCACAGAGUGCAACCAGGAGGACCGCCACCGCCAGACGCUCACACCGCGCGGAUACACAGAGCGCCUCGAGCACCAGCUUGCCCAAUGCGAGGCGCUUAUCAAGCGGCAGAUGCCCGGCUUCGCGAGGGAGAACCUGGAUGAGAUACUGGCGCGGGAGGGCAUCGACAUCGGAGCGCUCCCGCCGCCGUCGACGUUCCCCCCACUGGACCCAGGCCGCGCCUUCCGCCCAGACGCCGGGCCGCCGCCCAAGGGAUAUCCUCCCAUGUACCCUCCCCACAUCAUGGGUCCAUACGGCCCGCAUCCGCCCAUGCUCCCCUACGGCCCUCCGUACCACCCCCAGAUGCCCAUGCAAGGCCCGCCCGGCGCCUACGGUAUCCAUCCGGCCUUCCAGCAGCCUGGCGUCCCCUACCCUCCCCCGCCCGUCAUGCACCAGCACGGCCCUCCGCCCGACCAGCCCCCCCACCACCCGAUGUCGCCGCCCCUCAUGCGCUCCUCCCAGGCCACAAAGGGCACCGACCCCAACGGCCACGACAUGUCCUCCGCCCAGGCCCUCGCAAAAAACUUCGGGGUUUCUGCCGCUAUCACCUCCGGUCUCAAGCUCGACAGCAUCCACGAAGAACUCCCGGUUGACCCCAAUGCCCUCCCCAAACUGGAAAUCCCAAGCCCGCGCGAUGCUGCUCACUGGAUCACCGUUUCCAUUCGCCGUAAUCUCCCCGCGAGUGGGACACCAAACACCCUGUCCCUCUACGGCCCGGUCUCAAAGUCACCCCAAGUCGACAUCUGGCUCCCAAAAGACAGAAGCUUUGCCCAAUAUAUCAUCAACGUCUACUUCACCCAUCUCAAUAUCCACCGACCCGUCUAUGCCCGGAAGGACUUUGACAAGAUCGUCGACGAUCUCUAUGAGAGCAACCCGACGGGCUACGAUCCUGGCCAUCUCUUCAGCGUCUACCUCGUCCUCGCCCUCGGCACCCUCAGCGAGCUUAAUCACCGUGCCGUCAAAGCCAAUCUCGAUGAGAAGGAUCACUAUCUGGGCUCAGCCGCUGCCCGCAAGCUUAUGCCCCACGACUGGCCUUCCAACGACGAAUUCUUCGAAAGGGCCCUCGGUGUAAAACCCGAACUAUGCGUCUCGAUAUCAAGCCUGCAGGCCCUUAUUCUGUUGCACUGGUAUCUCUACAUCGAGCGUCAAGGACGGACCCUUUGGCGUCUUGUCGGAACCCUUGUUCGCCUUGCCAUCGAGCUCGGUUUGCACCACGAUCCGACUCCCCAGCUCGCUCCCGGCACAAAUCAGCAUAUCUUUACAGAAGAGGAGAGCCAGCUGCGUAUCCGUCUCUGGGCCAUCAUUCUCAUCCACGAUCGCGGCACCUCCAUCCUCCUCGGACGCCCUUUGGCUAUUGCGACGUCAGACUCGAACACUCCUCACCCAUACCGGAUCAAGAAUGCGCGCUUCGUCGAGUUCUCAGAGCACUUUGAGCUGUCUCAGCCAGUUGCCGAUAUUCAAGCGGAUAUCAUUAACUCACUCUAUGCACCUACUAGGCAGGCAGGCGAUACCAUCAUGCGCAAUGCUACCAGGAUCAUCAAGAGCAUGACUGAACUGCGCCGCAAUCUCCCAGAGAAGUAUCACUACUAUUUCACUGGGACUCAAGACUGGUCUUUGGACAAGAAGCGCCAGCUCGUCCAGGGUAUAUCCGAGGAUGCUGGCCUCACCUUGUUGAAGAUUUGGAUUGCACGCAUCCUUAUGUUGCGAGCACUCUUCAGCUCCAAGGAACUUUCCUACGCUCAAAAGCACAAAGCCCUCAUCGAUGCAAUCAUCACCUCACACAACGUUAUCAUCAUACACAGCCAGCUCAUCCGGUUCCCCGGCAUCGGCUUCUUCACCUCUCCCAUCCCGCUGCACAUCGCCGCCAUGGUCAUCCUCUACGGGCACAUCUCCAAGGUCGAGUGCCUGCCCGCCUCCGUCGCCCUCGAGGACGUCUGGCUCGCACUCGACAUGAUCCCGCGCUUCCGAUGGCGGUGGGAGCGCAAGGACGUCAAUGGCGGGCACCCGCUAAUCGCCAAGCUCGUCGAGCACGUCAUGGGCGUCAAUCUGCACACCAUCAACCCGAGCAACCUCCAAAACCCCGCCGUCCUGAUCUGCGAGCCCGACUGGGACGAGCCCACGUCGCCCACGCUCAAGAGCCAGCACGGCACCCCCGUCAUGUCCACCGCGCCCGGGCAGUACCCCUCCACGAACGGGGGCGGCGGUGGCGGUGGUGGUGGCGGUGGCGGGUCGUACGGGCCCCCGUCGUCCUCGUCGCGCUCGAUGAACAGCCUGAACGGGUCGAUGAACCGCUCGAACAGCGGCGGGUCGACGCCGCCCGACAAGCACCUCGCGGACGUCCCGCAGGCGCUGUUCUACCCAUUCUUCCCCGAGGCAGGCGUGCCAGCGAUCGCGUCCGGUCCGCCGCCCUCGAACGGUGGCGGCGCAGCGGCGUCGGGGCACCCGCAGGACUACAGCCAGCUGUUCCGCGCGGCUGCGGCGGCGCAGGAUGGGUACAGCGCGCAGCCCAACCAGACGUAUCUGGCGGAGGAGAAGGAGCCGCACAGCGCCACGCAGACGACGUGGGCGAGUGUUCCUGCUGCACGGUCUCUCCCUCAUUACUCACCUUGA